AUGCUUCCGCCAACUACUCCGCUCGCCUCGAACGCGGCGGCGAUUAACACACCCAAGAAAUGCGGCGGAAAAGGCGGCGGCAGAGGCCGCGGGAAAGGAAAAGGCGGAGGGAGUGUUUCCCAGACAAGCGGAGCAAGCGGGAUUGAGAUCGCGGGGAAUGCGGCGCACGCGGUCUUCGGCCAGUCCCCCGCGGUUCAACCGCGCUGCUUACCGCCCACGCUUAGCAUCCCGCCUCCCCCGCAGCUGUUCCCCCCUGGCUCCCCUUCCGCGGCUGGCGGAGCCCCGCACCUGCAGGCGCCCGGCACCCCCUGCGCGGGGAUGAUCCGCGCGCCUUCUCACCGCUUCCCCGCGUCUUCGACCAUCCACACCGCCGGUACUUACGGCAGCGGCGGGAGCGGAUGGAGCGGUGGAGGUGGCGGAGCGCAACCCGCGGAGUCUAUGAAGCGGAAGCGCCCGCGGUUCGCGGAGGAGCAGCUAGCGCAUUUGGAGGCGCAUUUUGCGGUGGAGCAGGAGCUCACCCCGGCCAGCAAGAAGCUGCUGGCGGCGCGGCUCGGCGUGAAGCCGCGGCAGGUGUGCGUGUGGUUCCAGAAUCGCAAAGUGCGGCAGAGAACGCGGGAGCGCGAGACGGAGCUGGAGGGCAUGCAAGCGGCGUACGCGAAGCUUCAGGCGACGUGCCGCGAGCUGCAAGACGACUACGAGCUCCUGAAAUCGGACUACCAGGAGCUGCUGCUGCAAAACACGCAGCUUUUCGACAUGAUGCAGGAGAUCGAGCAGCAGCUGGGGAACCCGCAGAUCCCACCCGGUGAUCGCCCCGUCACGUCGCGAUUCAAUGACACCACAGCCCCGGACAACCAGCCUGGCGGAUCUGCCCAAUCGGACCGCGGCGGGCAGUCGAACCAAUCUGAGGAGGAAGUGGAAAUUCCCCCGUUUCACAUCCACGCCAAGAAUCAAGCCAAUCCGGUCAAGCCCCCUUCGUACCAGAGCAACUCGCCCGAUUCGUCCUUGGAUGAGAUCGGCGGCGCGCCGUUCGCGCUUCCCCCUCCCGCCUUCCCCAUGGGCGUUGCGCCAACCUCAGCACCCCCCGUGCUCUUUGAGCCCCUCACAGCUUUCGCCAACCCUGGUAACCGCGUGGGGGAAUCCGAGCAUUUCGUCGCUCCCUCCAACCAGCAGCAGGGUCCCGAUCUCUACGACCUCUACUCCCAAGCUCCCGCUAGCGGCGGCGGCGGCGGCGCCGAAUUUUUGGAUGGCUGGAUGGACGGCGACGCGACGGCGAUGCAGCAAUCUGCUGGCUUACCGUUCGGCCUGACGGCAAAGGCUCCGGCGGAAGCGGAGGCGGAAGACGGGGAGAGUGAUUCUGAGGCUGCAAGGAGAACAGCAGUGCAUGGCGGGAGGAAUGCUGCGUUCGCUUCUCCUAGCGGCGAGCUCGUCGAGAAUGGCUUACCUCUUGACGUGUUCUCCUCGUGGAAUGAGGGGCUGCCUCAGGCGUGUAUGGAAGGCGCGGGAGAGGCGGAACAGCGAUGCGCGGGUGGGGAAUUCGCGGGCGCAAGGGAGGAUACGAGCGGAAGCAUGAGGGGGAAUCAGGAACCGUUCGAUCUUCUGGGAAGCAUGGAGGGCGCAAUGGGAGGGAUGGGGUGUGCCGAGGAUGGCGACGCGAGCGGUGGUGUUGCUGCUGCGGACGACAUGGCUAGCAUGUGCGGGUUCGACAUGCAGGCUUAUGCGACUUUCUGA